AUGAACAGAGCGCACUCCGAAUCUUCCUCUCACACGUCAGUUAACACCAAACGCCCGGGAUCCGGUACAAUUGAAAGUAGUGUGACUCGUCUUUUGGUUUCCACGAAACACUUGCUCGAGAGUUUGACCCAGUGGACGAGGCAGGAGGUUGAUGAUAAGUAUGUCUCGGAUGCUUACGUCAAAUUGGGAAAUGACUUCAGGGCGGCAAUCAGAGCAUUCUCCAAUGCCAGAGUUGAUGUUUCUGACAUAGGAGAUGUGCCAAAAGCGUUGAGAAUCGUGUUGGAGUCUGCUUUGAGCGAGCCUCCCACACAAGAAAGUUUAGAUCGCUUUCUUCCGAACAUAAGGAGCAUCAUCGUGAAUCUUCUUCAAAAUCUCAAGCAAAAGCAGCUCAAAGCAAAAGGAUUAGAGGAUGGCUUUACUCAAGAAUCACAUUUAAUUGAGAACGAGCUGGCCCGUCAUUCGAGUUCGUAUGGCACAGCACAAACGCCUCGACAAGAAAGUAAAAACACAGAAACCCAAAACGAUGAGCAUUCAUUGCUCGAGCAAACUUUUGAUACCAAAGAUACAAAGAAUACAAAGGAUGGAAAGACAAGGGCUGAGGGAAUUGGUAAAGAUGCUCUUCAGCAAUUGCAGGAAAGUAGAGCUAUUCUGCGGAGAGCUUCUAAGAGGUUCAGCGCAUAUCAGUUUGCCAAGCUUACAAAUGCCAGCAAACCAAACUUACCUACUCUAAAGCCAGACCAGCCAGGUCUCUCUUUUGAGUCGCCCACCAAGGCAGUCAAUGAUCCCAAAGUCAAGGAAGAGCCAACAUGUCAGAUAACAGCAUAUCUCCUGAUAGGUGGUAAGACAAAAAAAGUUUCUCUUGAUAAACCUGUCACUAUGGCCUCGCUCCGUCUUUGCUUUGUGGAAAAGUUCGCAUACUCGCCUGGCAGUACAAUAUUUCCAGAUAUAUAUGUGGAGAGUAUGGUGAAUGGGAGAUCAUAUGAGCUCGAAGAACAUAUGCUUGACGCAGAAGUAGUCGAAGGUGUCUCACUACUUUUAAAGGAUCCAUUUGAAAAUGAAAGUCUCGAUAGUAAGUUCGAUAAAUUCACUAAUGGUGUUAACUCUUCUUUGGAAAGUUUAAAAGAUGAGCUUCGCAACUUGAGCUCUGAAAUGAUGAAGGCCUAUCAGUCUUCCCAAGUCAUGAAACCACUUGCGGGAACUUCACUGACAAGUGAAACGUCAAAAUUGAUGAAAGAGCUCGAAUCGAUCUCACGUGAAUUUAAAGCCAUGAAGCAAGUACAAAAUUCACAAAGAACUGAGCUCGAGAGUAUUCUUCAUCUUUCGAUUGACUCGGUAGCAAAGCUCAAAGAAUCCGCGUUGACCUUGCCGCUUGGCUCGAAUCGUGAUUAUAUGGACAAUUCUUAUGCGAAGCUUUCGAAAGACUCGGAUACACUUCUCACUAGAGUGGACGACCUUCUGGAUAUGAUGGAAGCUUUGAGAAAAGACGUCGCACAAAGAGGUGUACGUGUUGGUGACAAACAGAUAAAAAACGCUUCUAGUGAAAUUGAGGCGGCUAAGAGCUCACUUUAUGCCCUUCGUCAAUACAUCGUUGGAGAGCGACCAGCUUGGAAGAAAAUUUGGGAGCAAGAAUUGGAUAAGGUCUGUGAGGAGCAACAAUUCCUUACUUUGCAAGACGAUCUUACCCUGGAUUUGGAAGAGGACAUUCGAAAGAUCGAGGAGACUUUUGAUUUGAUAAUGCGAUGUUCUACUCAACAAAGUCGGAUCUUUCUGACAAAACGCACCGAGAUAGCUUCUCGUAUCAAUUUAUUAGACUCAAAAGAAAGCUUACACGGUCUCAAGGAUGCGAUGUUGACAGAGGUAGCUUCUUUAGUUCCAAAUCAUUCUGACCGUAUCGAAGCAAUUGCGAGGGCCGAAAGAAUGAGAGUUAAGGAGCAACAAAUGUUGGGCCCGAUCAAUUCCAGGAAGAGCUUGACACUUUCGUGA